UUGCAAGAGAUAGAGUUGCUGCCACUCAGUCCACUCGCAAGAAACACCGCAAUAAGACGCAGCAAACACUCGUUAUUGACUUUGUCACACUUAAUUUAUUUUUGUUGGCUGAAAGUUAAAAUAAAUUAAGCGAUUAAUUUGCGUGCUCUGAUCAACCACAUGAUUCGCGUACAGUACUCAUCCGCGUGUGAUCACUGUUGGAAAAUGAAGUGAAUUUUCUUAAAAAUUACUGAACAAGCACUUCAGACACUAUUUGUGUCCUGGAGUGGUCCCUGGAUAAUUAAUUACUAAUAGAAGCAAAAUACUAUGAUCCUUUUAGUGUUAUUUGUUCCAGUGCAAUGUUAUUUUUCCAAAUGCCGCUAAAAUUGCACACGGAAAUUGCCGUCGGUAAAGCAAUGUGAAAAAUAAAAAUAAGUUGAACAUCGUUUAGAAACAUCUUUAAGCUGGAUCAGUAAUACCAACAUGGACGCGUACGCUUUGCCAACGUAUUUUCCCCUUGCAUACUCGGAACUACAAUUUCUAGCAUCUAGGCGAGCUGCAGCUGUAGCAGCGGCGGCAACUGUGUUACCGGGUUCGCCAUGCCUUAACCACGUCCCGAUAUCAGAUGUUAGUAGCUCCGUGACAGUUCCGACCCUGAUGACCGGGAAUGAAGCAGCGGUAUCGGACUCUAUAAAAGCUCCUGCUUCUAUUCACACACCAAUUAAUACUGGAAAUGCAUUAUUGGCAAACUCAGCUGGGCAUCAUCAUCAUCACCAGCAUCAACAUGUUCAUGGUAUAAAUGUAGGUGGGCAAGCUCAACCGCACGAUUUUCACCCUGCAUACAGAAUUCCCGGAUACAUGGAACAAUUUUACUCUCUGCAACGUAGCAGCCCCACUGCAUCCUACCAUGAUCCCUAUGCUAACUGUGCCUCAGCAUUUCACUUAGCCGGGCUUGGAUUAGGAUCGGGUGACUUCUUGGGUUCGAGAAGUAUGGGUUCUCUGGGUGAAUUGCAUCAUGCAGCUGUUGCAGCAGCCGCCGCUGCAGGAUCACUGGCAAGUACAGACUUUCACUUUAGCAUCGAUGGUAACGGACGACUUAAUAGCCCGCGGCCGGCUGGCGGCAGUAUUCGUGGAAGCGUUAGCCGUAAGCGCGCGUUAUCUUCAUCGCCAUAUUCGGAUUCAUUUGAUAUUAAUUCAAUGAUCAGAUUUUCACCAAAUUCACUAGCCACGAUUAUGAAUGGUUCGAGGGCAAGCAGCGCUGCUAGCGGUUCAUAUGGUCAUAUUGCCGCUAAUGCAUUGAGUCCAAUGACGCACGCCCACACAUCAAUUGCCCCACGUCUACAGCAAAUACAAGCACAUUUGUUGCGUGCAAGUGCUGGACUUCUGCACCCCUUGACCCCGCAACACGCGGCUGCUGCCAGUUUUUCCAUGACCCAUGCAGCCAACGCUGCUGCUCUAGGCCUAGGGGAUGUCCAUUCCAAACAAAAAGACUUACACUUACCCAUUCUUGCGUCGAAAUCUCCGAUACCGAGGCCAGUUUCAAAUGACUCAAAUGAGGUUGGUACUUCAAAGAACUACGAAGAAGGAAACAAAAAUGCCCGACACCUAAAAAACAAGCUUAUGGAGCAGCCAUCGUCCACAUCUGACAGCGUAGCACAAGUAGAAGCUGAUAGCGCGUCUUCGAAUUUAUCGGAGCGUCGACCACGUAAUAAAGGCUCAGGCAGGACUGGUAAUGCCAAUGGGGUUGGACAGAGUAGCCACGUGCAGGAAUUUGUCCACUUUGGCUCUGUAUCGACACCAUCGAAUGAAUAUGACUGUGCCAAUGCCGACACAACAGAUAUUAAGGACGAGCCCGGUGACUUUAUUGAAACGAAUUGCCAUUGGAGUAGCUGUGGUAUUGAGUUUGUGACCCAAGAUGAACUUGUUAAGCAUAUAAAUAAUGACCAUAUUCAAACCAACAAAAAAGCUUUCGUGUGUCGGUGGGAGAAUUGUUCACGUGGUGAAAAGCCAUUUAAGGCUCAGUAUAUGCUGGUUGUACACAUGCGUCGGCAUACCGGAGAAAAACCCCAUAAGUGCACGUUUGAAGGCUGUUACAAAGCAUACUCCCGUCUGGAGAACCUGAAAACUCAUUUGCGUUCGCACACUGGAGAAAAGCCCUAUACCUGCGAGUACCCAGGAUGCAGCAAAGCCUUCAGUAAUGCCAGUGAUCGAGCGAAGCAUCAAAACCGAACUCACAGUAAUGAGAAACCAUACGUUUGUAAAGCACCUGGUUGUACUAAACGUUAUACCGAUCCAAGUUCGUUGCGAAAACACGUAAAAACCGUUCAUGGUGCUGAGUUCUAUGCUAAUAAGAAACACAAAGGCUUGCCUUUAAAUGAUGCAAACUCUCAACUGGAGAGGGACAAUGGCCAAAAUCGACAGCAUUUACAGGAGCAGCAUAUUGACUCAAGCCCAUGCAGCGAUGACCUGCAUAUUGGAAAAAUGAUGGGCAUGUACAGUCCCAGUAUUAAAUCUGAAUCAGAUGUCAAUUCUCCACAUAAUUUAAUGACAACUGGUGGAGGCGCCUCAGCUUCCGAUUGCUUCAUAUCAUACACGCCAGACGAUAUUGUCGAAAACGGUGCAUUAAACGAGUGCUGGAACUGUGACGACGACGUCGAUGUGGCCGACCUACCUGUGGUCUUGCGUGCAAUGGUAAAUAUUGGAAAUGGAAAUACCUCUGCCUCAUCUAUGGGGGCAACUUCAAUGGGUCGUCAGCGCUUUCGCAGUCGACUUCAAACUAAAGGCAUAAACUCCAAUUCGAUGCUUUCUAAUAUUCCGGAAAGUAAUCGUGCCAUUGGAAUUACCGAACUUAAUAAACGUAUCACAGAGCUAAAGAUGGAACCAGGUAUGCCGACGGCUCAGGUUCAAACUCGAGGGCCUGCUAAUACAGGCUUAGGUGGCUUGCAAGAGGAGUUAUCGCAAAGUCAAUCACAGAAUCGCAACAUUGAUUUAACUAAGCAGGGCUAUGCAGCAGUACAUAGUUCUCUACAAGCUCAGUUUCGACGAGACAGCCAGAACUCCAAUGCCAGCACAUAUUACGGCAGCAUGCAAAGUCGUCGUAGUAGUCAAUCAUCGCAGUUAUCGUCCAUGUCAACUAUGCGACCGAACCCUUCCUAUAAUACGACCUCUGCUUCUCUUUACGACCCAAUUUCGCCAGGCUGCUCUCGCCGCUCCAGCCAAAUGUCAAAUGUUGCAAGCUGCUAUGCCCUGACACCAACAGGAUCGAGUUCCACAGAAAAAUUUGCAAACACAAAUUGUGGUGCUAGUGCACAAAUAAAUGAUAAUCCUGGCAAUCAAUAUUUCGCUCAUAACAGUCUUCCGCCACCUCCGUCGUCACAUUUAAUUGCAACUAAUCUAAAGCGCUUGCAGGGGACAAAUGGUAUUGGCAGCUAUCAGCAGGAAAAGGCCUUACAAAAUAGUGGGCGUUAUUCAACUCCCAAUAUUAUGCAGUCUCCGCAUUCUGGGAAUUACCGACAUGAAACAGGGCUCCAAUUCGGUAAAUCGGUGCAAAAUUGUGUAUCUAGGCGACAGUCCGAGCCAUUAUUGCCGAACCUUAGCUUAGAGCUUGAUGUUACUUUGAAUGACUCAAAUAUGCGAAGCUUCAGUAGCAGGUGUAGAACCGGGCAAGAUACCGGCCAAAUGCAGGAUGGUUCUAAUGCCUCAGUGUUGACUGGGAACAUGCUUAAGGCGCCUGAGCAACAUCCAAAUGAAAGGGUGAAUUUGGAUGAAGUUGAAGAACUCAUAUUACCAGAUGAGAUGCUACAGUAUCUUAAUUUGGUCAAAGAUGAUGAUAAGCUGUUGUCUGUCAAGAGACAUGAAAAUAUAGAUAUCUCAACUGGCGUAUCAAAAAUCUCGUCAGCUAAUGAUAAUCAGGAUCGUCCGCCUGGAAAUGUAUCAAGUCAGCACCCGGCGGCACCUGACUCGAACCUAGACAUAUCAGUAGCAGUAGCGGCGCACCAAGCUGCCUUCGAAAUAUUGUACGCACAAAGAGAUCAGAUGAUCGCAUCUGAACUCCGUCGUCCUACACAGACGACCUGCAAUAAUUUUUCGCAGAGACUUAAUAAUGGCCAAUUCUCCCAACUCCCAGCACUGUGUUUUGAGCAACAAGCAACAGCAACCCAGAAUCAAAUUAUAGAUUCAUCAAUGACGAGUUUGCCAGAGCUCACGGAUAUUUCUACGCAGUUAGCUUCAGAUGAUAUAAGCUUAUUGAAUAGUGAACAUCAAAACAAUAACGGAAAUGAGAUUCAAUGCGGAGUUAUAAGCCAGUCACAAAUGUCACCAUCUACCAACAAAAAUGUCACUGGCCAAGUGCCGACCAUAAGGUCACAAACGCAUAGCCCAAGUAAACUCCCAAUAAAGCCCUCGUUGAAAAAUGUUCAGCUUACGUGUGUGCCUGCGUCAAGCCCAAAAAUUGGAACUGAUAACCAACCUGUUAAUAUAACUUCAAUGCAUCUAGAGACUUACCAACGCACCCUGGAAUAUGUUCAAAGUUGUCAAAACUGGAUGCAGACAAACAACGCCGUUGCGGGACAUGUUAAUGUUACAGCAACCACCGCUACCAAUAAUAUGCAAGUUUCUAGCAACAAUCCAGUGUGGCCGGACGUAAGCAGCUCGACUCACCCCCAAGCGGGAACAAAUAUGGUUAUAAACGAUAUGACUACAUCACUGAGCUCACUUUUAGAGGAGAAUCGAUAUCUGCAGAUGAUGCAGUAGACCUCUACAUUAUAAUAUAGAAUGGGACUAAAAUGUGCUGUCCAGCAACGAGAUUAUUAAAAAUGUGACUUACAUCAUAUUCUUAUCAUAUUGGCUUAUUUUCUUUUAAAAAAUGACAUUGAAAUAUACAUACAUAUAUUGUUUAGAUAUGAGUGUAAACCAUGUUAUAUAUGAAUUGACUAUCUUCAAGUAUUAUAUUUUCUAUUAUAAAUAAGCAUAAUGAAACGGCCAUUUGAUAAAAAAAGGACUAUUAUAUUUUUAAGAUAUACCUAAAAAAUUAUAGCUCCAUGAAAGUAUAGAUGAACUAAAAUUAUUUUCAGCACUAAGGUAAUAUAAUAUAUUCUUGAAAUGUGUCUUCCAAAUCAUUGAUAUGAAUUAAUUCCCCAUAAUACAUACUUGUAUUCAUAUUUUUGUA